UUUCUUAUCAAGGCUUUUUAUGUCAUUUCCCCAUCCUCACAUUGAAUACCUGGAAUGCAUGUUGUAGGAAAGAUAUUGCAGAUUACUUUUUUCUUGUUUUAGAAAAUAUCCUAGUAUGGCAUGGAUCAAAGUCAAAUUCUACAGAGAUGCUGAAAAAUAGUGCCCUUGGUUCUUUAACAACAGCAAGCGCCAGUCUAUCAUUGUCAGUCAUACCAUCUGUGAUACAAGAUGAAACUAUGCAUACAACUCGUGAAGUGAUUCUGGUUGAAGAUGAGGUGACAGACACUGAAGAUAAUGAAGAGGAUGAUUUAGCAGACUUGGAUGAUCAGCGUAGUAUAAUCCUUCAUAUUAUCUCACAAUUGAAACUUGGGAUGGAUCUAACUAGGGUAGUCCUUCCAGUCUUUAUUUUAGAGAAGAGGUCUCUGCUGGAGAUGUUUGCAAACUUCUUGGCCCAUCCAGACCUGUUUUUAUCAAUUUCGUGUGGAACCACUCCUGAGGAAAGAAUCAUCUCCUUUGUGGAGUACUAUUUGACAGCCUUUCAUGAAGGCCGAAAAGGAGUUGUUGCCAAGAAGCCUUAUAAUCCAAUCAUCGGAGAAACAUUUCAUUGUUCUUGGAAUGUGCCAAAGGACAGAGUAAAACCAGUGAGAGCAAACACUGCCUCUUGUGGUCUCAAAGGGAAAGCUUCAUCAGAAGGUUAUAGGCUAAGAUUUGUAGCUGAACAAGUGUCCCAUCAUCCACCCGUAACCAGUUUUUACUGCGAGUGCAAAGAGAGGAAAGUAUGUGUGAAUGUUCACGUAUGGACCAAAAGCAAAUUCAUGGGGAUGUCUGUAGGUGUUUCUAUGGUAGGUGAAGGCAUUCUUUAUCUCUUGGAACAUGGGGAAGAAUAUAUAUUCACAUUACCUUGUGCCUAUGCGCGUUCUAUACUUACUAUUCCUUGGAUGGAGCUUGGAGGCAAAGUUAAUAUUCACUGUGCCAAGAGUGGUUAUUCUGCUACAGUCACAUUCCACACCAAGCCAUUUUAUGGAGGAAAACUACACAGGGUUACAGCAGAGGUGAAGCACAAUCCAACCAAUACCAUAGUGUGUAAAGCACAAGGAGAGUGGAAUGGCAUUCUGGAAUUCACAUAUAGCAAUGGUGAAACCAAAGUAAUUGAUACCACCAAAUUACCCAUAAUCCGGAAGAAGAUCAGACCAAUAUCAAAACAAGGCCCCUUUGAAUCAAGGCAUUUAUGGCAACAUGUCACUGCUGCCCUGAGGGAAGGUGACAUUGAUGCAGCAACAGAACAUAAGCACGUCCUUGAGGAGAGGCAACGAAAAGAGGAGAGGCAACGAGCAACAACCAACACACUUUGGAAACCAAAAUAUUUUAUCAAAGAGGGCGAUGGGUGGAUGUACUUUAAUCCCCUCUGGAAGAGUCAUUGCUAAAUUCACCUGGAUUCAAAUACCCAUUUUCUAAAGGCAUUAAAUAGAUGCAUUAUUUAAUCUUCAGAUGUGAUUGUCGUCUUGUUUAUUAAAGCUGCAUUUUGUAAAUAAUGUACCUCAAAAUGAAAAACUCAAGUUUAUUGAAGAGCCAUUCUAUAUACAUAUAUUAGAAGUUGGCUAUGCUUCCUGUGUGUUGAUACCAUAUGUUUAUAUUGUAUAUAAUAUACAUAUCACACAGACAGUAAUUAAAUAUCUGACCUUUUGCAAUGAAAUCAGUGUGUACCACAUUGCUUGCAGGAUCAGACUUCACAUUAUUAUCGCUUUCUAGUAUUGAUAAAUUUUUGUAUUUUUCACACUGCCAAAGUUUUGCACUUAAAGCCACUGAAUAACUUACAGCUGUAACAGAGCCUGCCUAAAGAACAUAUUUUGACAAGAAUAUUUUUGUUAGUUUGUUUGAAUGUAACAUAUAAAAGCAGAUUUCUGCCUUUGUGGGUCAUUCUGAAACUUUAUUUCCUGGUACCAUGUAGGAAAACAGAAAUAUCUAAGCAAUUUUGUUAGCCAUUGACCCCUUCCUUUUCAUUAUGUACUUUGUGUACCUAAUGUAUUUUUGUUGGUUUUUUUGAACAGUGUAGAUAUUUGAUAACUUCA